AGCCCAAAACCAUUUCAAGACUUUGUUUGAUACUGAUACGACGAAAUUUCAUAUUCAAGUUUGCUGAUCUUGUGUUUCAAGUUCAAAUCUGGAUAAUCUUCUAACGUAAAAUUCCCUCAAUCGCUGUUUCUUUAAGAUUUUGAAUUUGAUUACCUCUUCAUCUUAAUCUGCCGGAAUCAAUGAGGAUGCCCAAAUGGAGUUUCUUGGUUUACAUUAUUUUAGGCCUCAUAUCAACUGUUGUUGUUGAUUCUAUGCGCUUCGAUCUUCAAUCCGGCGCCACCAAAUGCAUUUCCGAUGACAUCAAGGCCAAUGCCAUGACUGUCGGAAGAUAUUCGGUCGUUAAUGUCAACGAAGGUUUUCCCAUUCCCGAUUCUCACUUUAUCACUAUCAGGGUUAGUUCGCCUCAUGGCAACACGUAUCAUCAUGCGGAUCAUGUGGAAUCUGGACAUUUCGCGUUCACUGCAGCCGAGUCUGGGGAUUAUACUACUUGCUUUUGGGCUCCCGAACAAAAGCCUCCAGGUUCAGUUACUGUUGAAUUUGAUUGGAGGUCCGGUGUUUCUUCCAAGGAUUGGUCUAAGGUUGCUAAGAAAGGCCAGAUUGAAGUAAUGGAACUUGAGCUGAAGAAGCUGUACGACACAGUCACCUCCAUACAUGAUGAGAUGUUUUAUCUCCGUGAAAGGGAGGAAGAAAUGCAGCUACUGAAUAGAUCAACAAAUACAAAGAUGGCCACUUUUAGCAUCUUAUCACUCGGAGUUUGCUUGUCUGUGGCUGCUUUACAGUUAUGGCAUCUCAAGACAUUCUUUGAACGCAAAAAGUUGCUCUGAUUUUUCUCCCA